AUGGUGCACCAAGGCCUCGUCCUCUUCUUCCUGCUCUUCCUUCUUCUCCUGGCCCACACCAUGGCCCGGGGGGAGUAUGGCGUGGUCCACGUAGUGGUGGGAACAUGGAGCAAGGACUACUGUGUCCUCUUUAACUCCAGCCAACAUACCACCCUGCCCAGGGACCUGCGCCAGGCCCCACUCCUGCCUCUAUACGAUGCCACCACCUCUUCCUGGUGUCCGGGGGAAGCCUCCACCCCUCAGGCCCAGGCCGACAGCCCCCGGCCUCUACAUGGCACCACCGCCAUGGUUAUGAAAGGCAACUGCAGCUUCCAUGCCAAAGGUUGCCUGGCUCAGGACCAGGGUGCCCAUGGGCUGCUCAUCGUGAGUCGGGCCAGCAGCCAGCAGUGCUCCAAAAGUCUUCUGGACCCCCAGGAGUCCCUAAAGUCCCUGGACAACCUCAACAUCCCCGUGGCCGUGCUGCGCUAUGCCGACAUGCUGGAUAUCUUCAGCCACACGCACGGCAGCGUCCCAGUCCGCGUGGCCCUCUACGCACCACCCGAGCCCAUCCUCGACUACAACAUGUUGGUCAUCUUCAUCCUGGCCGUGGGCACCGUGGCUGUGGGCGGCUACUGGGCUGGCCUGACCGAAGCAGACCGACUACAACAGUACCAGGCCCACAGAGGUAGAGGGGACAGACCCCCUGGCCACUCCCACACCAAAGUCACAACGGCCCUGUACGGGCAGGAGGGAUAUGAUGAAGAUUGGCUUAUGGACUUCACGCCAGCCAUGACUGGUGCUGUGGUGACCAUGUCUUGCUCCAUCAUGCUGCUGCUUUACUUCUUCUAUGAUCUUUUCGUCUAUGUCAUGAUCACCAUCUUCAGCCUGGGCGCCACCACCAGCCUUUAUAACUGCCUGUCACCCCUAGUCCGAUGUCUGCCCCUGAGGCCGUGCCAGUGGGUCCUCGCUGGCCAACACAUUCGCCUGCAGCUCCCGCUGCUGCUGCUGGCCAGUGUCUGCAUCAUGGUGACCGCCCUCUGGGUCUCCUACCGCAACGAGGACAACUGGGCAUGGCUGUUACAAGACACACUGGGAGUGGCUUACUGCCUCUUUGUCAUGCAGCGAGUGAGGCUGCCCACGCUCAGGAACUUAACUUCUUUCCUGCUGGCUCUGCUGGCUUUCGACGUCUUCUUUGUCUUUGUCACCCCCCUGUUCACCCAUUCGGGUGAGAGCAUCAUGGUGGAGGUGGCAUCGGGCCCAGCCAACUCCCUGAGCCAGGAGCGGCUGCCCAUGAUGCUCAAGGUGCCUCGACUCAGGUUCUCUGCCCUCACCUUGUGUGAUCAGCCCUUCUCCAUUUUGGGCUUCGGGGACAUCGUGGUCCCUGGCUUCCUGGUGGCCUACUGUCAUCGCUUUGACAUUCAAAUUCACUCCCGCCAGGUCUACUUUGUGGCCUGCACCGUGGCUUAUGCCGUGGGGCUGUUAGUGACUUUUCUGGCCAUGCUGCUCAUGCAGAUGGGCCAGCCUGCCCUGCUCUACCUGGUCUCCAGCACGCUGCUCACCAGCCUGACUGUGGCAGCCUGCCGCCAGGAAUUCACCCUCUUCUGGUCGGGCCAGGCCAGAGCCAAGCCAUCAGAUCCAUUCCCAGCCAGGCAACAUGGGGCCCCUGCAGUGAAUGCUGGGCAGGAGGGUGCACCCAGCCAGCUAGAGGACUCCACUGAGCACUUGUCAAUGGAUGCAGAUGACAAUCCGGAGGAGGACACAGACGAGAUCGUCACCAUCUCUGAGGAUGACAUCAGCUGUCGCUUGAGCCCCAGUGACAGCUCGGAAGGCUGGAGUGAUGCCAAUAUAGACUCUGAAGAGCUGCCUCAGGCCCCAGCCAGGGCCUCAGAGGACCGGAUGCCGCUGGUGCCCGUGGCCAUGCUGAUACCCUCGGAACUGGGACAAGCCCACCAACAAAGCCAAUCCCGCAACACCAGCUUUCCCUGGAUGUGCUUCCCAAAGAGAAAGGGCUUAAAAUUGAAGAAGAGCAGGUCAGCCCAGGCUCCCCUAUGA